GUGGCCCUAUUUAGCAUGAGCUUUCUCCUCCCUCCUGUAACUUAGGGCCCCUAAUUAAAGAUGAGUUUUCUCACUCCCUAUAACCAAAAUUACUAUCCCAUCUCAGAGUCCACAUAUUGUGUAAAUGCCGAUAAAAUAUAUGAGGAGAACUAUGAUAUAAUGAAGAGAAGAAAUAUGAAUGAUGAAACACUUAUAAAAAAGUUGUCCGGAUCACACGCAAACAUAUCGCUCAUUUAUUUCAACAGUGACAUAACUCAAAAAUUGAAGAUUUUGAGUUAGUUAUAUCACUGAAUUUGUCAUUUUCUAUAUUUAUUUGUGGUAAGAACGCCAUAACUCUAGUAUCAAAAUUGUCCAUUAUAUGUCGCUCAAGGCAUAGUGACUCAUUUUCUUUCAGACGAAUCGUUUAGUUGGCAUAGCGUUUUAUUUCAGUUACGUCUUGACUCUUGCAGAGGAAGCAUCGUUUUAGCUCCUGCUACAGUGACAUAUUUCUUGUUAUGACAGUGUUCUGACAAGGUAAAUAUGACCAGUCGAGGAAAACAACUCUUACAAUUAGCAUUGGAAUCGGUAGAAAACACAAAACAAGCAUCAUCCAAGGAGCCUGAAGUGACUGAAACUUUCUCUGAGUCAGGAAAGAAUGUCGAAGUCCUAGUAAACCAAAACGAGACACCACCAAGUUCUUCCCAGAACACCAAGAGUGUAGGCCUAGGGAUGUCGACAAUGCAGUGCACACAUUUGGGUGAAAGGCGUAAUUCUACAUCAAGCAAUAUUUCUUCAUCAAGUAAUAGCUCUUCAUCAAGCAGCAGCACCUCAUCAUCCUCGUCAAAGAGCAGUGCAUCAUCAACUCAUGCAGCAACACCAGAAGAUGUGCUAGACUCUGAUGAUUCUGUUGCAGAUAAGACCUACGAACCAAAUUAUGAUGAAGAUUCAGAAGGAGUUGGUAGUAAUGACGAUGACUCUUCCCUGACUCCAAAUGUUGAUACUGCUACACUUGGAAAUAAGGACACCAAAGAAUUAGAGAGCCCAGCUAAAAAAGGUUCGAAAAGGAAGAAACAACUAGAAAAGUGGGGGCGACAUCUCCAUAAAAAACUAAGAAAUGAAGGAAAACGGUAUGUAAUGCACACCAAAGACAGAAAAGAAAGGGAAGAAAGAAAAGUAAAGCCUCCUUGCAAGGAAAAAUGCAGGUUGAAGUGCUCAAUGAAAUUUACUGAGGAACAAAGAAUGUCCAUAUUUGCAUCGUACUGGGAACUAGGUGAUAUUGACAGACAAAGGCAGUUUAUUGCCAAUUCAAUUGAUGAAAUUGUACCUAGGUACAGAUAUGUUCGUAUAGGAGGUACAAGACAACAAAGAAAACCAAACAAUGCUUUUUAUUUCAAACUGAAUGAAGGAAGAGUUAGGGUGUGCAAAUUGUUUUUCAUAAACACAUUAGAUAUUAAUGACCGCCCUAUCCGCACAGUCCUGGAAAAGAAGAACAAAGUUUGUGAAAACUUGAUUGAAAAUGAUCUCAGAGGUAAACACAGUAAUCACCACACUGUUGAUGAAAGCAUCAAGGACGGAAUGAGGGCUCAUAUUGAUUCCAUUCCAAAAAUUGAGAGUCAUUACCUCAGGGCUAAUACAUCAAGAGUUUUCAUUGACGGAAACAAGACUGUUGCUGAUAUCCAUAGAGAUUAUGUUUCAAACUGCAAAGAGAAUAAUGCAUCGUUUGGGAACUACUCUAUGUUCUACAAGGUGUUCACUGAAGAUUACAAUAUUUCUUUUUUCACCCCGAAAAAAGAUCAAUGUGACACCUGCGCAACCUUUGAAAAUGCAAGUAAAACUGAAAGAGAUAAUCUGCAACAGAAGUAUGAUCAGCACCAAGUUGAAAAAGAAUUGUCAAGAUCUGCGAAAGCUAGUGAUAAAGUAUCAUCAAAUGCUGCUGUAGCAGUUUAUGAUUUGCAGGCUGUAUUCCAACUGCCCAAAGGAGAUGUAAUUAACUGUUCGUGUUCUGACAAGCAUGAUGUUUAA